UCAUUCUGCCUGUUCACAACAGUGAAUGCUGGUUAGAUGAAUGCUUGGAGUCAGUUUUGGAGCAAGAUUUUAAAGAAACAAUGGAGCUAUCAGUUUUUAAUGAUGCAAGUGAGGACAGUUCUACUGAAAUCAUUGAAAAAUGGAAGGUCAAGUUAGAAGAUGCUGGUAUACCAGUUAUCAUAGGUAGUAAUGAUUCAUGUCAUCCUCGAGGAGUUGGAUUUGCUAAGAAUCAAGCAGUGAUGCAGAGCUCAGGAAUCUAUCUCUGUUUUCUGGAUUCUGAUGAUGUGAUGAUGCCACAGCGGGUUAGACUGCAGCAUGAAGCUGCCAUUCAGCAUCCAAACAGUAUUAUUGGUUGCCAAAUCAGAAGAGAGCCGUUGGAGUCCACUGAACGGUAUACUCGUUGGAUCAACAGUCUAACUGAAGAACAACUUCUUACACAGGUGUUUACCUCACAUGGCCCAACUGUCAUCAUGCCAACCUGGUUCUGUUCCCGGGAAUGGUUUUAUCACGUGGGCAAAUUUGAUGAGGGUGGAAAGGGCGUUCCAGAAGAUUUGCUGUUCUUUUAUAAGCAUAUCGAAAAGGGCGGUGAAGUCUUUCGAGUUGACUGUUGCCUCCUGCUGUACCGUUACCAUCCCCAGGCUGCAACUCAUUCUGUACUAGAGGGAACCAUCUGGAACCACCGGGUCAGCUUUCUUCAAGACCAAGUCCUCAGCUACUGGACAUCGUUCACCAUCUGGAACGCUGGCAAACAGGGCAAGAAACUCUACAGAAGCUUGUCGCCAGCUAAUCAAAAAAAGGAGAGGCCCAAACCAAAAAUUCCUAUAUGUCACUUCCGAGAGGCAACUCCACCUUUCAUUAUCUGCGUGAAGCUGGAUUUGACAGGUGGAGCAUUUGAAGAAAACUUAAAAACUCUGAACUUGAAGGAAGGGCUGGAUUAUUACCACUUCAGCUAGAAACUGAGUGCAUAUCGCAGCUCCUGCUGACAAUCCAGUUUGUCAAGAUGCCGCUGCGCAAACUCUUUCAGUUCUUGAUGGCACCUGAACCAAGAGCUUCCGUGCACAAAGCAACAGCCAGUCCCAGCAACUUUAUUACGCUGAACUCUACAAAAGAGAAAGAAAAAAAGAAGUGGUCACGGGGAGUAGAGAAUAUCACUAUUUAACAAUAUUACAAUCAUGUAAUAAAAUGAACUGAAUGGAGAUGAAAAUGUAAAAAUAUGAAGUUAUGUUUACAGUCUUUAUGACCCCUCCCCUUUGUUUUUCCUACUCUUGAAUAAAUUCUAUUUGUGCAAGUUUUUUAAA